AUGGCAUGGCCUGUGAAAAGGCCAUUUUACCCGGAGGAGGUAACACUAGCCUGCAGAGUUCCUAUCUCCAUUGGAAAACAUUAUAGAGAAGAGGUACUUUGUGAUGUUCUUGAUAUGGAUGUUUGUCAUAUUUUACUUGGUAGACCUUGGCAGUUUGAUAAUGAUAUCAUUUAUCGAGGACGGGAUAACGUGAUGAUGUUUACAUGGGGCACACAUAAAAUUGCUAUGGCUCCUGUUUUGCACUUUGAAAACAAUCCAGAUGGAAAGAAGUCUAGUUUCUUGGUGAUGACGCUGAAGACGCAAAGUGAAAAGGAGCUUGAUGAGGCUGUUAAAGAAACUGAAUGUUUCUGUCCAGUGGUGAUAAAAGGGUUGAUGAAUGUUGUAAAAGAGGAAACGAUUCCACGAGAAGUGCUAGAGAUCUUAGAGGAUUUCCAGGAGUUGACCGCAGAGGAAUUACCAAAUAAAUUUCCUCCCAUGCGAGAUAUUCAACAUCAAAUUGACCUCAUUCCAGGGUCUAGCUUGAAGGUGUGA